AACAUUUAAAUGUUUGGACUUUCAAGAACUGUAUACAAUUACUAAGUGCUUUGUUUAUCUGUUACGAGACCUUGCAGCUUUACAACAAAUAUAUCUCAAGUCCAAUGGAUUUAAUGGAAUCCUUUAUCCCAAUAGAAGAUGCAGUUCCUAACCUUAAACUCUCUUUCUGCAAUAAGAUUUCAGCUAGAACCUGCAUUUUCUCAGGAAAUGAACAAAAUUCGACAGAGACGGGGACUGAUUUCAAAGAUAUACUUGAACAAGGGAUUGAUGUUACUGGAUUUAGAAUAUCGGAUGCUAUCAAAGAAAUUCAUCUACUUGGUAGAAACACUUCAAAUUGGAGAAUAAGCCCCUCUCAUCAAAAUGAAUUUAGGAGAAAGGUUUAUCCUUUCACCCGCAGUUCAAAUCUUCUUUGCCAAACCUGGAACAAGAAUAUUUCAAGAUUACAAGCAUUUAGAAUAGUCCCAAGAGAGUCAACAGGUCUUGGUUACAUGUUUAUUCACAUUGAGGGUAAUUUUCUAGAGAAGUCUUCUAGAAAUCAGUUGACUUUUCUUGGAGCAAAUGAACAUAUUACAAAUGUUAAUUUUGAUAUAACUUUAACAAGAAAAAAGUCAACAACUGAUAAGAAAUGUGAAGACAGAGCACCUACAUAUGAUGCAUGUAUGGAAAAAAGUGCUUUACAAUCAAUCAAUAGUAGUUGCCCCUCAACAAAGAAGUCUGCUUGGUCAGAAUGUUCAAAAUGUAAAGUUCAGCUUGAGUUCUUAAGUCUAUUGAGAACUGAGUCUAGCCAAUGUUUACAGGCUUGCACAGAAGUUAGAAUAAGAGCAAAUGUGUUCCCUAUUAAUCUUCUAAACUCCCUUUUCCCUCAAUCCGACAAGAAUCAAUCUGGAGUUUAUUUUUUUAUUUCGCCAGAGGUUAUACUUAUUGAAUUGCACGAAAGCUUUACCUUUGUUUCCAUGAUGGCUAGUGUUGGAGGAUAUGUAGGUCUACUCCUAGGUAUGUCCCUGUAUGGAUCUUGGGUAAGUAUCUGCCCACUAAUCCCUACUAGAAAACUCAAGGAACUCUUAGAUAAAUCUACAACAGUACUGCUGCUUAUACUUAUGGGAUGUACUUGUGUCAUAACUGUCAUAAGUGUGAUCAGGCUUAUAAGUAAGGAGACUGGGCUUGAAGUCAAUAUACAUGAUGGCUCACCUAAUCUGAGCAUAUCUUUAUGCUCCUUGGAACAUAUGUAUUCAUCACCGGAAAAUCACUACAUUGGCAAUACUUCAAAUUUUUGGAAUAAGGCACUUAAUCUCAGGAAUAAGUUAAAGGAACUAAACAUUACAUUCAUUACUGGUGAAACCAUUGAGAUUUUCAAUCAUAGAAAUCUUUCCAACACAAAACACAUUUCUUAUUCUACCAACAUACCAAGAUAUAAAACCUACAUUGAAAACUGUCAUACCCUUGACUUGGGACGAGGCUUGAAUGAAGUUAAACAUAUCCAAAUGGUUGCUCAGAAAGAGUUUAUGGUAUAUAUUCAUCUCAAUGGACAGCUUCUAGCAAUGGAUAAUCGCCAAGGAUUUGCAUUUGCCAACAGUUUAACAGUAGAAGAGGUUUAUACUGGUGUUUAUUCAAUGUCAAGGAUUGUAACUAGCGUCACAGUGGAAAUCUUAUCCUUUUUGAAAGUUAAAGAACUGUUACAGGACUCAUUACACACAUAUGAUAAUUGUGUUUUAGAGGACACUUUAAAAUUUCAAGAAACUGCUGGCAUUGAAAACUUUCUGAUGGUGCCUGUAGGACAAUAUUUUCCAGCUGGAAUAUCUGAAGAAACUUUUCAAAACUUAGAGAGACGUUUCUCACAAUCAUUAUCGCAAGGAUGUAAAAACAAUGUUGAAGUUCUUACAGCCAUCUUUAACCAGGAAAAAUUUGAUGCAAUUACUUGUGAUGAUACGAGGUUUGAUUGCGAAAAUAAUCAAGAAUUUAUUCAUGUCAGCAAGGAGAUCUUCAUGGCAAAAGGUCAUGAAAAUCUGUCCUAUAACCUACAAAUCAAUAUACCAAAAACCUUCAUCAUGAAAGAGGUAUGCUUUACAUACAACCUGUCACUGUUUAUUGCUGAAGUGUGGGGCUGGGUGGGUAUAAUGCUUGGAUUCAGUUUCCUGAAAGUUGCAGUGUUAAUUCAGAACAGAGUUAUACUCUGGAGUAAGAAACUGGGUCGAAUAAUUUACUGGGGAAUGGUCAUCAGUCUGGUUGUUUGUAUGACCAUUGAAAUAGUACAAUCUUUCCAGAAACUCUCAACUAAUCUCACCAGAACAAAUGUACAGCAUGCUAACUUUUCCUCCAUCGAUGACUUCUCUGCUACAGUGUGUCGGGUCAAUUUUACAGGAGGAUCAGACCUUCGUUUAACAGUGAAUGGCCAGAAAAUCGAAGAGUGGCUUCAUCUAUCUGAGGAGGAGGAUACAGAUAUAUUUCUAUGGUUUUACAAAAAUGCUUAUAAAUGUAAAUCCUUUCCAUUGACAGGGGAAGAGGUUGAAUUUACUUACCUCUAUGGAAAGGCAAUUGGAGAAAGGAAUAUAUUCAUAGAUGUUCAUCAAACAGGGUCCUUUGAUACUGAUAACUAUGCCAGUAUUGAUAACACCUGGCUUCAAUUAAACACUUCUGUAAGACUUGAUGCAUCACAAAUCCAUCAGCUGAAGGAAAGGAGUCUAUGCUCAGAAAAGGAAAACUUUGAUGAGUGCAAGCAAGCCUAUUUAAACAAAUAUCUUGAUGUCCCUCCUCAGUGCAGUCAAAACAAGACCUUCGAGUUAAAAAAAUGUGAAUCUGAUAAAGAGCUUGAGGCAAUACCGGCAGUGUAUCUUCAAUCAAUCAACUUUCAUCCAAGUCCUUCAACAUGCCAAUUUCCUUGUAAAGUCUCCUCCUUCCAUCUAUCCCUUUUAACUGAAGAAAGUACAGAUUGGAAGUUUAAGAAACUGAUUAUCAAGCUCCCUCAUGAGGUUGAGGUCUUCAAGAGUCAAUACAUUUAUACUGUUUGGGACUUUGCCAUAGAGUUGGGAAGUUGGGUUGGAGUUCUCUUUGGAUAUUGCUUUCUCGAUCUUGUUGGAGCAAUUAUGGACUUGAUUUCAUAGCCUAGCACUAUUAAGCAGUUAUGGACUUGAUUGCAUAGCCUAGCACUAUUGAGCAUUUAUGGACUUGAUUGCAUAGAACUUUUGGAGCGCUUAUGGACUUGCAAUAUAACAAUUAGAGCACUAUGGAUUUGAUUGGAUAUAAACUAUGAGCAAUUAUGGACUUAAUUUCAAAGAUUUAUUGGAGUGCUUAUUGACUUAAUUGCAUAGAUCUAUUGGAGCAGUUAUGAACUUAAUUACAUAGACUGCUAGAGCAUUAAGGACUUAAUUGCAUUGAACUAUUGGAGUACUUAUAGAUGUUAAUGCAUAGCACUUUUGAAGCACUUCGGAUUUUAUUGGAUAUAAACUAUUGGAUCAAUAAUGAAUUUAAUUCCAUACAACUAUUGGAGCACUUAUGGAUUUGAUUGGAUGGAAUAAUGGACUUGAUUGCUUAUAAAUAUUGGAGCACUACAGAUUUGAUAGGAUAUAAACUAUUGGAGCACUUAUGGGCUUAAUUCCAUAGAACUAUUGGAGCAGUUAUAGACUUGAUUGGAUGGAAUUAUUGGAAAAAUUAUGGAGUGAAAGAGUAAUAGUUGUGGACUGGUGAAACUGAAACUGGAUAUACAGUGAUACCUGUAAAGCUGCAGAAUGGUCAGAUUACAUUUAAGCAGUUUUAUGUGUAUUUGAUGUUUAUUUGUUCAGCUAAAUUUGUAACUGUUAUAGCUUGAUAUUUGUCUGUGUUGCAGUAUACACGACCAAUUAGGGUGUUAAUUCGUCUUAAUUGAAUAAUUCUAAAUUAUAACUUGUUCUCAACAGUUGUCUUCAUAUACCACACUUUUAUUGAUCUCUCUGUAAAAAUCAACUUUUUUUACAUUCUUUCA